CAAACAAAACAAAAACCCUACAGACCCUUCUACUUUCCUCAUCCCACCCCUCACAAACAACAAAAUGUCUCCCCAGUCCUCCCCCUUCCCCUCCUGCUUCCGCCCAUCCCCCACCACCAAUGACGAUCACCACCACCACGCUCCACCGCCGCAGCCGCCGCCCGUCUCCGGCAACGCCAACCUCACCACCUGUCUCUACCACACUCACAUCGGCCUCUUCUCCCUCACCUGGUCUCGCUCCCUUCUCACCCACUCCCUCAACCUUAAUCUCCUCCACGACCACCACCACCCAUUUGAAUCUCCUCCUCCGCUUUCUUCUUCUUCUUUUUCUUCUUCUUCUUCUUCCCCAUAUUCUUUCCAGCUCCACAUCGCCCCCUUCAUUUUCUGGAAAAAGCACGGAUCCAAAAAGCUCAACUCCAACACCCAAAUCUUUUGGGACCUGACAAAAGCCAAGUUCCGGUCCGGCGGGCCUGAGCCCCAUUCCGGCUUCUACAUCGCCGUAGUUGUCGACGGCGAAAUCGCGCUUCUCGUCGGCGACUGCACUAAAGAAGCCUACGCCAAAACCAAAGCCCAGAAGCCAAAAAGUUCCCAGCUUCUCGUCCUGAAAAGAGAGCAUGUCUUCGCCAACAAAAUCUACACCACGAGAGCAAGAAUCGGAGGAAAAACGAGGGAAAUACGGAUUGAUUGCGGGUACAAUGACGACACCAGGCUCUGUUUCUUCGUCGACAACAAAAAGGUCCUGCAGAUAAAGCGCAUAAAGUGGAAAUUCAGAGGCAACGAGAAAAUCGAAGUCGAUGGGGUUCCCGUGCAGAUCUCGUGGGACGUCUACAACUGGUUGUUCGAGAAAGACAACGACGACGGGCGCGCCGUUUUCAUGUUCAGGUUCGAAGAAGACGAAAAAGAGAAAGAGAAGGAGGCGGAUUCUUUGAGCGAGAAAAACGGGAUGGCUUUGUGCGCGCAACAGAGCUGGAGUACUGGGUUGAGCAGGAUCGAAUGGAGGAAGAUGAGGAAGAGCUUGUCGUCGUCGUCGGUUUCCAUGUCGUCGUCGGCGGGGUCUUCCGGAGGAAGCUCCGUGAUGGACUGGGCCACCACGGAGGAGAGUGAGUUGGUGGGCCCAUCUGGGUUUUCUCUGGUGGUUUAUGCUUGGAAGAGGUGAAGUUUUUGCAGAGGUCUCCGUUGUUUUCCGAUUUGGUAAAUCCUCCAUUAAUUGAUUUAGUUUUCUCUCUCACUAACCCCAUUUGUUGUUCAACACCUAAACGAAUAAAGCAGCUUACAAAGCCAGACAAUAUGAAGCUUCAUUCAUACAUACAUAGCUAAAUCUAACACCCUCUCUCUCCCUAGUCCCUCCGAACAAAUUCUUUUUUCUCUUUCCUGUUGGAUUCCUUGUACUUACCAAUCACUUGUAAAAUACAUGUACUCUGUUUUUUUUGUAAUAAAUUUGGUACAUUUAAGGUUGUCA